AAAUGUAGUCGGGCCUAAGCCGCUAGCGCUCUUCGGAAACCUAAAGAAUUACGUCUUAAGACGGGAGGCGCUGGCAAUGGUCUACAAAGGUAUUUACGACGCGUUUCCAAAAGAGAAAGUAGUUGGCAUUUACAGAAUGACCACACCUUGCCUUCUGCUUCGCGACUUGGAGGUUAUUAAGCACGUUUUAAUUAAAGACUUUGACAUGUUCGCCGACAGAGGAGUCGAAUUCAGCAAAAACGCGCUGGGAGUUAACCUUUUCCACGCUGAUGGUGAUGAGUGGCGCGUAUUGCGGCACCGCUUCACGCCAUUAUUCACUUCGGGUAAACUCAAGAAUAUGCUGUAUUUGAUGACAGAUCGUGGCGACAAAUUUAUAAAACACGUCGAAAGUCUGCAAGAAUAUCUCGACGACUCCAUGGUCGCUACCCUGGAGAAAAUAGAUAAGCUAAUUUUCACCGUGAACUACAGUAACGAGCUGGAUAUGAUGUAUCCUGGUAUUUUAAAGAAGAUUAAUGGAUCACUGUUCCCCAAAUUCGUGAGUACAUUUUUCGACAAU